GACCCACGGAGCAACGUGAGCCACGCACACACGAUUCACAGCCAGGCACAAGGAAAUGGUGGUGGCGGAGGCCGGCGAGGAGAUGAGCCUGUCGAACAUGGUGCUGGGGUUCUACGAGGAGGCCGAGCGUGAGCGGUGGCCGGAGGACGACACCACCACCAUCGGCAGCGACGACGAGCGGUCCGGCCGCGCCGGCGACGCCGAGAGCAGCGCGUUCUGGGCAGAGCAGCUCUCGCAUUUGCAUGAGGUACUGGGCAAGACGAGCUCGGCGGAGAGCCGGAUCCGGGCGGACACCGAGGAGGCCGUUAGGCAGGCGCGCCCCGCCACCGCGGCGGCCGGCAUCUGCUCCUGCGCGAUCCGCACGACGGCCGGCGGUGGAUGCCGGGGCUGCACGCUCCGGUCCGUCGCGGGGCGGCUGCGCGACGCCGGGUACGACAGCGCCGUCUGCCGGUCCAGGUGGGCGCGCUCGCCGGAGUUCCCCGCGGGGGAGCACAGCUACGUGGACGUGGUGGUGCCGACGAAGAGCGGCAAGGCGGUGCGGGUGGUGGUGGAGCCCAGCUUCCGGGCCGAGUUCGCCAUGGCGCGCGGAGGGGCCGGGUACGGCGCGCUGGUGGCCGCGCUGCCGGAGGUGUUCGUCGGCAGGGCGGAGAAGCUGCGGGCCGUGGUCGGUGCCAUGUGCGCCGCCGCGAAGCGGUGCGCGCGGGAGAGCAGCCUGCACAUGGCGCCAUGGAGGAAGCGCCGGUACAUGGAGGCCAAGUGGCUCGGCACGCCGGACCGCCUCUUGCCGGCCGCCGGCGCCCCCGUUACGGCCGGCUCCCCGGAGAGCGAGAAGCAGCGCAGGUUCAUGGCCUCCAUGCUGACGCUCGACUUCGGCGGCCGGAGCGCCGUGGAGGUCGCGUGAGUGAUCGAUCAACGGAAUGGGGGGCCUACGAAAUGACCACGAAUACAUAUAUAAAAACAUUUGAAUUGAAUUCUCGCGUAGGAAUGAGUACUUGGCUCCCAAGUGCGUCAUGAGCUGCCUGCCCCAGCGACAUUGAUUAGAUUAUCUACUAAGCAAAUCACCAGGAUCCGAGGCUCCCAUGGUGAUCAAAACCGCCAAGGAUGCAGUGCAGGUGCUGGUUCAUUUACCGACAGGUAAACGAGCUCCCGCAUCAUCUUGGAUUUCUUUUCCGACUGUAAAUAUUUACACUUGUAUCUUACGAGCAUCUAGUAAAAUCCGGUUGUAUUUCUUCUCCGAAUGUAAA